GUGACUUUUAUUAUGUCUGUCGGCGAGCCGGAAGUGUUCGUUCCUCCGGUGUGAAAGCAAAGCGGUCGCAGAUUUUAGCACAAACGCAGCUGAAAUUGUUGACAAAUAAACUCAACGGGACGAACCGAAAGCGGCGGAUAUCUCAGACGGCGUUAAGAAGAAAAGAGACGUCCUUGGCAUAUCUUCGUCUUGUUGUUUUUCGUCCUGUUUUUAGAGUCGUCUCCCCCUGAAUGGACGCGGUGCCCACAGUAAGACCGAACCAACUCACCCGAACCUCAGUUAUGCCUGUGAAAAAGAAAAGAAAGUCUUCCGGCUCCGAGGACCCCAGCAUCAGAAAGUGCAAAAUCACCAGUUACUGUAGGACGCAAACCCCGGGACGGCUGGUGAACCCAGAUGACCAGUUCUCUAGCAAGAAAUGUCUCGCCUGGUUUUACGAAUACGCAGGUUCGGACGACAUCGUCGGCCCGGAGAGCAUGGAGAAGUUCUGUGAGGACAUCGGAGUGGAGCCAGAGAAUAUCGUCAUGUUAGUUUUAGCCUGGAAGCUUGAAGCAACGAAUAUGGGCUUCUUCACGAAGGAGGAGUGGCUGAAAGGAAUGACGUCACUGCACUGUGACGGCACGGAGAGGUUACAGGGCAAGCUGGAUUAUAUGCGCUCUCAGCUGAAUGACCCGGUUAUAUUCAAGAACAUUUACAGAUACGCCUUCGACUUCGCCAGGGAUAAAGACCAGCGCAGUCUUGAUAUGGACACAGCUAAAUCCAUGUUGGCGCUGCUUCUCGGAAGGACGUGGCCUCUGUUCCCAGUUUUCCACCAAUUUCUGGAGCAAUCAAAGUACAAAGUCAUGAAUAAAGACCAGUGGUACAACGUCCUAGAGUUCAGCCGCACGGUCAACACAGACCUGAGCAACUACGAUGAAGACGGAGCCUGGCCCGUGAUGCUGGAUGAGUUCGUGGAGUGGAAUAAAGGCCGAACCGCGUUAUAGCGCAGCUCGGGCACACGGGAGUUUGUGUCGUGUCCCAGACGAUGGCGUACCUCUCGAGGACUGCUUCGACGUGUCCCACAUCACUACCCAGAGACUCUUACAGUGUUACUUUAAAAGGAAACGGCACCGAGGAAUCACACCACAAAAGGGGAAAUAUUUUUCUUAUGUAUUAAAUUUGUUGCAGCAGCUCUAUUGCCAGUGUUGUAUGAGUUUUUCUUAGAGGGAAACGGUCUGUUUGUAAUUUCCUUUCCUUUUUCUCUCAAAGUUUUACUUUGUUUAUAGUGUUUUGAAAAGGAAAUAAAUAAAGCAGUUGUAAAUUAA